UGAAAAUGGAAAUUUCGUCAAACUCGACCAAAUUGCGAAUAGCUUCAAAUGCCGUCUUCUAUGUCACAAUCUUAAACUCGACAAGACCCAAUUCGUAUGGAUGGGAGGCAGAUUAGGCCUGAAAUUGGCACCUGUUCUCAUGCGAUCAUGUCUACGGCCGACCUUCCUACGCACAGCUCAUAGUGGAAGCUAUAGCUUGCGUCAAAUAUGGCCUUCUCUCUGCCCGAAGCUUCCGUUGACAGACGCUGUAUCGCUUGUCUCCAGAAGGUAUAGCAGCACAAAGUCUACAGCGAAGGGAGCAGUCAGUGAUCUUGAACGUCGCAUCGCCGCGAUCCCCAUCGAACGGUUUCGCAACUUUUGCAUCGUGGCGCACAUCGACCAUGGCAAAUCUACGUUGUCGGAUCGUUUAUUGGAAAUUACUGGCACAAUAUCUUCGUCUGAUUCGAACCGUCAGAUCCUUGAUACUCUCGAGGUCGAACGCGAGCGCGGAAUUACGGUCAAGGCUCAGACUUGUACUAUGAUUUAUAAUCACAAUGGACUCGAUUACCUGUUACAUCUCGUCGAUACUCCUGGUCAUGUCGAUUUCCGUGCCGAAGUCACGAGGUCAUAUGCUAGUUGCGGAGGAGCUCUACUGCUUGUAGAUGCCAGCCAAGGCAUUCAGGCCCAGACCGUCGCCAAUUUCUAUCUCGCCUUCGCCGAGGGCCUAAAGAUCAUACCUGUUGUAAAUAAGAUAGAUAUGAUGGCCGCUGACGUGCCGAGGGUUCUCGAACAGCUUGAAACUACAUUGGAGCUAGAUUCCAGCAAGGCCAUCGGCGUAAGCGCGAAGACUGGCCUGAAUGUUAAGGAGUUGCUGCCAGUCGUAGUAGAGAAUAUCCCGGCGCCGAUGGGCGAUGAAUCGAAGCCGCUGAGGAUGCUUCUAGUGGAUUCGUGGUAUGAUAGCUUCCGUGGCGUUGUCUGUCUAGUUCGGAUCUUCGAUGGGACUGUGAAGGCUGGCGAUAACAUCAUCAGCUUUGCUACCGACAAUAAGUAUACCGUCGGGGAGGUCGGUAUUCGAUAUCCUACACAGGUUCCUCAAACGAUCCUACGCGCCGGUCAGGUCGGUUAUGUUAUCUUUAACCCGGGGAUGAAGAAAAUCCAAGAUGCCAAGAUUGGUGAUACUUUUACCACCGUCGGUUCUGAAAACGUCGUCGAGCCAUAUCCAGGUUUCGAGGAGCCUAAACCUAUGGUCUUCGUCGCCGCCUUCCCUACGGAUCCAGGAGAUUAUAGUCGUCUGGCGGACAGCAUCGGUCAGCUCGUCCUCAAUGACCGUAGCGUCACUCUCUUCAAAGAUCACUCCGAAGCCUUAGGUGCCGGCUGGCGGUUGGGCUUCCUUGGCAGUCUUCACUGUUCCGUCUUCCAAGACCGUCUGCGUCAGGAACAUGGUGCAAGCAUCAUCAUCACCGAACCUGCCGUUCAGACUAAGGUCGUAUGGCAAGACGGCACUGAGUCUGUCCUCCAGAGCCCCGCUGACUUUCCAGAAAUGGAGGAGGGACGUUCCCGCGGUGCCACCUACUAUGAACCCUACGUACUAGCUACCAUGACACUCCCACAGGAGUACUUAGGCCGGGCCAUCGAACUAUGCGAAGCUGGUCGUGGCGAGCAAGACAGUAUCGAGUUCUUCCACGGCUCGCAAGUUAUUCUCAAAUAUCGGAUUCCCACUGCCCAGUUAGUAGAUGACCUAUUUGGUAAGCUCAAGGGUGCGACCAAGGGUUAUGCUACACUGGACUACGAGGAUGCUGGAUGGCGUGAGAGUAAGCUAGUUAAGCUGCAGCUGCUGGUCAACAAAAUGCCCGUUGAUGCCAUAUCGAGAGUCGUACAUCUAUCGCAGGUAGAGCGGCUAGGCCGGCAAUGGGUGACCAAGUUCAAGGAGCAUGUGCAGCGACAGAUGUUCGAAGUCGUAAUCCAGGCUGCCGUCGGCAAGAAGAUCGUUGCCCGUGAAACUCUGAAAGCCUUCCGCAAGGACGUGCUCGCCAAACUUCACGCUAGCGAUAUCACGCGACGGCAUAAACUCCUCGAGAAGCAGAAGGAGGGUCGCAAGAAGCUUAGAGCUGUGGGAAAUGUUGUCAUCGAACAGGAGGCUUUCCAGAAGUUCUUGGCGAAAUAAACGAUCUCUCGGUGGACGUGUACAUGAUGAUGUAGAUAUAUGUAACCGUGUCAAAAUACCCAAUCCGAAAUUGCGAUCAUUACUAAUUUGGAUUGAUGAUUCCUUACUUUUAAGACGAGAUAGUUUACAAGACGCCAUAGGACAUCACGAAGUUGCUUGACACCGGAUUAUCCCGAGUCACGGAACUCUCCAUGCACA